AUGGAAGGGAGAUUAGCUAAUAUGUGGAGGUUAUCUGUGAACGAGAGUAAAUUCGUGGAAACUGCUUUGCAAUCUGAGCUCAGAAUUGAUGGUCGUGGGCUUUAUGAUUACCGCAAGCUUACCAUUAAGUUUGGAAAAGAAUAUGGUAGCUCAGAAGUUCAGCUUGGUCAGACUCAUGUAAUGGGUUUUGUGACUGCUCAGUUGGUACAGCCUUACAAAGACAGACCUAAUGAAGGCUCUCUAUCUAUCUUCACUGAGUUUUCUCCAAUGGCUGAUCCAUCUUUUGAGCCUGGUCGUCCUGGUGAAUCUGCAGUGGAGCUCGGCCGUAUUAUAGACCGUGGUCUAAGAGAAAGCCGUGCGGUAGAUACAGAGUCGCUCUGUGUGCUAGCUGGAAAGAUGGUCUGGUCCGUUCGCAUUGAUCUUCACAUUUUGGAUAAUGGAGGGAACUUGGUGGAUGCUGCAAAUAUUGCUGCUUUAGCAGCACUCAUGACGUUCAGGAGACCUGACUGCACAGUUGGAGGAGAGAACGGCCAAGAAGUGAUCAUACAUUCUCUGGAGGAAAGGGAGCCACUUCCAUUGAUUAUACAUCAUCUCCCGAUAGCCUUCACGUUUGGAUUUUUCAAUAAAGGCACUAUCGUGGUGAUGGAUCCAACUUAUGUUGAAGAAGCUGUUAUGUGUGGGAGAAUGACUGUGACAGUUAACGCCAAUGGCGAUAUAUGCGCAAUCCAAAAACCAGGAGAAGAAGGCGUGAAUCAUAGCGUAAUCCUUCAUUGUCUGCGUGUUGCUGCUUCAAGAGCGGCUGCAACAACAAAGAUAAUUAGAGAAGAAGUUGAAGCAUACAACCGAGAAAAAAACUUACAGAAGGUGAAGCGACAUCCUACUUUGGCUAAAUCUGAAGUUUCUGGACCCAUUGUAGUUGUGAAAGAAGGACACAGGAAGUCCUCAGAUCAGGAUAAAGCCGCAGAGACAUCUGUGGAACAUGUUGAAAGACUAAAGCUUUCUUCAGAAGAGUUAAGAAGCUAUAAGGAACAAGAAGCUGCCAAAUUUAAAGGUGGUCCUUCCAAUUGGGACCCUUACACCGAAGCGAUGGAUGUUGAUUCUCUGAAAGUUUCUCUUGCUUCAAGAGGGGAUUCGGUGACUCAGUCCCCGAGUAAGAAGAAGAUGAACAGCUCUGAAAAUGAUACAGCUGAGGAAGUAACCGAAGAAUUAGAGCAGAAGGAUACAACAGUUGAGGUUAUAACAAAACACAAGGAUGGAGAGAAAACACUGAAAGAUGCUGUGAAACCAAAGAAGAAGCGGAAAAGCAACAAAAGCAGUUAA